CGGACUGCGGGCGGGACCAUCGCGCCCGGCGCGGAGGGGGGAGCGCGGGGCAGGCUGAGCGCUUGCCGAGGGGAGAAGGGAGGAGGAGUCCGGGACCCGGGCUGACCUCGGAAUCGCCGCAGGAGCAGGAACCGCCGACGCCGCGAUGAGCGGAGAUUACAACCCGGCCAGCACCCCGACCCCGGUCCAGGACGUGCAGGGCGAUGGGCGCUGGAUGUCCCUGCACCACCGCUUCGUGGCGGACAGCAAGGACAAGGAGCCCGAGGUGGUCUUCAUCGGGGACUCCCUGGUGCAGCUGCUGCACCAGUGCGAGAGCCGGGUCCUGCCCGGGGGAGGGGGCUUACCUGAGGGACGGAGCCGUCCCAUGCCCGUUUCUGCCCCAGCAGCUCUGGCGGGAACUCUUCUCUCCUCUGCACGCGCUCAACUUUGGGAUCGGUGGGGACAGCACUCAGCACGUGCUGUGGAGGCUGGAGAAUGGGGAGCUGGAGCACAUCCGUCCCAAGAUCGUGGUGGUCUGGGUGGGGACCAACAACCACGGGCACACGGCCGAGCAGGUGGCGGCUGGAAUCGAGGCCAUCGUGGGCCUGGUGAACCAGCGGCAGCCCCAGGCAAGAGUGGUCGUGCUGGCCCUGCUGCCGAGGGGCCAGCACCCCAACCCACUGAGGGACAAGAACCGCCGCGUCAACGAGCUGGUGCGAGCGGCCCUGGCGGGCCGGCCCCGGGCUCACUUCCUGGACGCGGACCCCGGCUUUGUGCACUCGGACGGCACCAUCAGCCACCACGACAUGUAUGACUACCUGCACCUGACCCGCCUCGGCUACACGCCCGUGUGCAGGGCCUUGCACGCUCUGCUCCUGCGCCUCCUCGCUGCCGGCCAGGGGCCCCCGCAGCCCGAGCCCGGCCCGUGAAGUCCCUCAUUAAACACCCUCCCUCUCCCCA